AGCCGCAGUCUCGGGAGCGCCUAGGCGGUGUUUCGAUAAUCUCUGACCCGCCUCUCCUGCGAACCCGGCGUCAUUGGACUGCACCCCGGACGGGAACGUCCGCCGAGUACGGGAGGAAGCAACGAUGCCGAUCAAUAAAUCAGAGAAGCCGGAAAGCUGCGAUAAUGUGAAGGUGGUGGUUAGGUGCCGGCCCCUCAAUGACAGAGAGAAAUCAAUGUGCUACAAACAGGCUGUCAGUGUGGAUGAGAUGAGGGGAACUAUCACUGUACAUAAGACUGAUUCUUCCAAUGAACCUCCAAAGACGUUUACUUUUGAUACUGUUUUUGGACCAGAGAGUAAACAACUAGAUGUUUAUAACUUAACUGCCAGACCUAUUAUUGAUUCUGUUCUUGAAGGCUACAAUGGGACUAUUUUUGCAUAUGGACAAACUGGAACAGGUAAAACUUUUACCAUGGAAGGUGUUCGAGCUGUUCCUGAACUUAGAGGAAUCAUUCCAAAUUCAUUUGCUCACAUAUUUGGUCAUAUUGCAAAAGCAGAGGGUGAUACAAGAUUUUUGGUUCGAGUGUCUUAUUUGGAAAUAUAUAAUGAAGAAGUUCGUGACCUUUUGGGCAAGGAUCAGACACAGAGGUUAGAGGUUAAAGAAAGACCUGAUGUGGGAGUUUAUAUCAAGGAUUUAUCAGCUUAUGUGGUAAAUAAUGCUGAUGAUAUGGAUAGAAUUAUGACACUGGGCCACAAAAAUCGUUCUGUUGGUGCAACUAAUAUGAAUGAACAUAGUUCCCGUUCCCAUGCCAUCUUUACAAUUACUAUAGAAUGCAGUGAAAAAGGCGUUGAUGGUAACAUGCAUGUCAGGAUGGGGAAGCUCCAUCUUGUAGAUCUUGCUGGUUCAGAAAGACAAGCAAAAACUGGAGCUACUGGGCAGCGCCUGAAAGAAGCUACAAAAAUCAAUCUUUCACUUUCUACCCUUGGUAAUGUUAUUUCUGCCUUGGUUGAUGGAAAAAGCACUCAUGUGCCUUAUCGUAACUCUAAAUUGACUCGUCUUCUUCAGGAUUCCUUAGGAGGAAAUUCAAAAACCAUGAUGUGUGCAAACAUUGGACCAGCAGAUUACAAUUACGAUGAAACCAUCAGUACAUUGCGGUAUGCUAAUCGUGCUAAGAAUAUUAAAAAUAAAGCUAGAAUUAAUGAAGAUCCAAAGGAUGCUUUGCUUCGUCAGUUUCAGAAAGAAAUAGAAGAACUGAAAAAAAAGCUUGAAGAAGGGGAAGAAAUAUCAGGCUCUGAUAUCAGUGGGUCAGAGGAGGAGGAUGAUGAAGAGGGUGAGGUUGGAGAAGAUGGAGAGAAAAGGAAAAAAAGAAGGGGCAGUAGCAGCAGCAGUAGUUCAGACUCCACAUGUUCUGUCAUAGAGAAACCUCUGGAUAAGUUCUUGCCUAAUCAAGCAGGUAAAAAGAAAGUUUCCCCAGAUAAAAUGGUUGAAAUGCAAGCAAAAAUUGAUGAGGAGAGAAAAGCACUUGAAACAAAGCUUGACAUGGAAGAAGAAGAAAGAAACAAGGCUAGAGCUGAGUUAGAGAAACGGGAAAAAGAUCUUCUUAAGGCCCAACAAGAGCAUCAGUCUUUGCUAGAGAAAUUAUCUGCACUGGAGAAGAAGGUAAUUGUUGGUGGUGUUGAUUUGUUGGCAAAAGCUGAGGAACAAGAGAAACUUCUUGAAGAAUCCAACAUGGAACUGGAAGAAAGGAGGAAAAGAGCAGAGCAACUUCGCAGAGAACUUGAGGAAAAAGAGCAAGAACGCUUAGAUAUUGAAGAAAAGUAUACCAGUUUGCAAGAAGAAGCACAAGGAAAGACCAAGAAAUUAAAGAAAGUUUGGACUAUGCUGAUGGCUGCGAAGUCAGAGAUGGCCGAUCUCCAACAGGAACAUCAGAGGGAAAUUGAAGGCCUCUUGGAGAACAUUCGACAGCUUAGCCGGGAGCUUCGACUUCAGAUGCUUAUUAUUGAUAACUUUAUACCUCAGGAUUAUCAGGAAAUGAUUGAAAACUAUGUCCAUUGGAAUGAAGACAUAGGGGAAUGGCAACUAAAAUGUGUUGCCUACACAGGAAAUAACAUGAGAAAGCAGACUCCAGUUCCUGAUAAAAAGGAGAAAGACCCCUUUGAAGUGGACCUUUCCCAUGUGUAUCUUGCCUAUACUGAGGAGAGCCUACGGCAGUCCUUGAUGAAAUUAGAGAGGCCACGGACUUCAAAGGGGAAAGCAAGGCCAAAGACAGGGAGAAGAAAGCGUUCUGCAAAGCCUGAAACUGUAAUUGACUCUUUACUUCAGUAAAUGUUACAGACUUAAAGUCAGAAUAAAAAUUAGUGAUAUCCUCAUGCCUGGACAAAACCUUUAAUUAAAACACUGAAGACUUUUGUGUUAUUUCAAAUAAUGGAAGCUGUAGAUCAUGCAGUAAGACUGGAACUAAUAAUUUGCCUAAUAACUUUUAGUCUAUAUAUAUUAAGUUAAUAUAACAUUAAAAUUGUACAACUGGUAAUUGUUCAAAUUGUCAUAUUAGUUUUCAACUUAUACUGUGCAGGGAAGUUGAGAGAGCAGCUUAUACUAUAGAGAGUUGCAGUUUAAAUGUAUACAUAAAUCUGCUAGUGAUUUACUCAACUACUGUAUAUUUAGAUAACCGGAUAUUCAAAAUAGAAAAAAAAAUGUAAGUCAUGUUUUGCACAUAGAAAGUUGCAGGUCUAAUUGUCCUAUGUUUUCCUGUUAUAUAUGAAUGUAUGGGCUGCAAAUCUAAGAAAUGAUUCUAUCCUAACACCCACCUGGCCUUUUAAAAUAUGUUCCAUUUUUAUACUAACAUUCAUUGCAUUUAAAAUAUGAGAUGGGGGAUCUUAUUGAUCUAUAGAAAAUUGUAUAAUUCGAUAGUCAAUCUUUAGAAGUAUACAUGUUUAAAAAACAAAAGUUGAAGAUAUGUUUCAUCUGGACCUCUCUUGAUUUUUUUUUUGCCACUUCAAGUCAAAUUUUUUGUUUGUUUGUUUUGGUUUCAUGUUUCUUGAAACAUUGAAUCUGUACCUGAAUAUAAAGGAGUCACAGCUGCAGAAAAUUAAGAAGCUAAAUACUGGUCACUAAUAUUUGCCUCUAUGGGUAUUAUUUUUUUUUUAAUUCACUUUGAAACAUGAUUAACUGAUGCUUUCCUGUGUCUGAGUUCUAAAUUUUGAUGAAAAUUGCUCUGUUUCUCCCAACUGAGAAAGGUCUCUGUUUUCUAGAAAAUACAGACAAAGCAAGAAAAAUAUCUUUUAAUUGUUUGCUUUUAAAACACUUUGUUUUGUCUUUCUUCUUAUUUUAUAAAGAAAAUAUUCUUCCC